UAGGCAUGCACCAUGUCGUGUGCCUGAGGUUAUCCUAACGUGCUAAACAAUAAGCUGAAGACAAGGCAUACACACACAUUCUAUAAUUGAUCAACUUUUUGUCUAACAUCACUACUUGGAGGCCUAGGCUUAUGUUGAUCAUAUAUUCCUUUAUAUUUGUCCCAUGUAUAAAUACGAACCAUCUAAAAUCAUCUCCCUCCGUGUGUCUUCUUCUUUCUGAUUUUGAAUAUGAACCACCAAACAUUUUCCCCUUCUUGUGAAUUGCCAUGCUACUGAAAUCCCUUUUGAAUUCUCUUUAAGUUCUUGGUUUCAUUUUAAAGGAAAGAAAGUGGCAUUUGGGUGAAGAUGGUUAAGAUAAGGAGCUACAAUGGGCAAGUCGAUAGAUUUGGAGUAGAAGAUCUUGAAAGAAGAUGUGAAGUAGGACCAGCUGAGAAUGUGUUUCUUUACACAGAUACCAUGGGUGACCCCAUUUGUAGAAUCCGUAAUAGUCCCGUGUACAACAUGCUGGUGGCCGAGUUGAAUAAUGAAAUCGUUGGUGUUAUUCAAGGCACUAUAAAGGUGGUAACCCUCCACAAACCACCAAAAAAUGCAGCAAAAGUAGGAUAUAUGUUGGGACUGAGGGUGUCUCCCCUUCAUCGUAGAAAAAGAAUUGGUUCGAAACUAGUACGCCAUAUGGAAGAUUGGUUCAUCUCCAAUGAGGUUGAUUACGCUUACAUGGCCACUGAGAAAGACAAUGAAGCCUCCGUCAAACUUUUCGUCAACAAGUUUGGCUAUGUCAAAUUCAGAAAUCCAACCAUUCUCAUCCACCCGGCAGCUAGUAACCCGAGCUCAUUCCGUUCACCGCCAGGUAUAGAGAUAAUGAAACUCAAGGUGGAACAAGCUGAAUUCUUGUAUCGAAAAGUGAUGAGUUCAAUGGAUUUCUUCCCGCACGAUAUAGACAAUAUUCUUACAAAUAAGCUGAGCUUAGGAACGUGGGUGGCUUAUUGGCGAGGGGAGUCAUCUACUGGGGAAUUUGGAAGAGAUGGUAAGGUUCCAAAUAGUUGGGCCAUGAUGAGCGUUUGGGAUAGUGGGGAAAUAUUCAAGCUGAGAGUAGGGCAAGCAACAUUAAAUUGUUUCCUCUAUGGAAAAAUGUCAAGACUAAUGAGAAAGGGAUUCUCAUGCUUCAAAGCUCCUUCAAUGCCGGAAUUCUUUGAACCUUUUGGUCUUUUCUUCGUAUAUGGAAUUUUCAGGGAGGGACCAUCAUCAAGGAAGCUGGUACGAACACUUUGUAAAUUUGUGCACAACUUGGCCACGGCGUCUAAGGAUAAUUACAGCAGCAGCUGCAAUAAGGUGGUUGUCACAGAGAUUGGAUGUUGUGACAAGCUAAAACUAGACAUCCCACAUUGGAAGUUACUAUCAUGUCCGGAGGAUUUGUGGUGCAUAAAAGCCUUAAAGAAUGAUGAAGAUAUAGAAGCCUUCCUUGAAUUUACAAAAAACCCACAAAAUAGAGGCCUUUUUGUAGACCCCAGAGAGGUAUGAUAUAUGGACAAAAACCAACCUCCCAAAAAUAUUGUACUAUCAAUUAAUUUUCCUGACUUUGCAUGCCCUGAUUUUAGCAAUAAGCAAAAAAAAAAAAACAAAAUAUCAGGCCACAAACUAGCCUAUUCAUUGUCACAACGAAUACCAAUAUGUAUCUUACCUCUCCUGUUGAGGUGGGGGACUCUCUUUUCUUUUCUUGUUCCUUUCAAGUCAUUGGGAUAAAAUACAUCUCACAGAGUAUUUCCUAAAUUGGGUGCCUCCAUCGGUAUCUUUGUUCUUAUCUACCCCAUGUUUCCAUUCCACGUCUCUGAGUAGGACUAAUCAUGCAUUUCACCAGCUACAUGUUUUUCUUUGUCUGUUUUCCUCAUGUACAUAGGUUUCGUCCCAUUCAACCCAUCUAUUGAACAAUUUUCCAUUCUGCAUGCAUUAUAAUAUGAUGUUAGUAAGUAUAACAAUUUUUCUCUUCUUAAGGGGGAAAUAAAUUAAACAGAUAUUUGGAGGGUGACAUAAUUAUACUUUGUUGAGAAAUAUUUAUAUUACAGGAUCUAUAUUUUUA